AUGCGAGUGCUGGCCGACGACGAAAGCCUUGGAAAGAGUUUUGUACGCUAUGGAGAUGCGGAUGUUAAGGUGGACGAUAGGUGUAACGCUAAAAGAGAAAGUAUCCAACGACACUUUAGUGCUGUUGCCCAAGAUAGUGCGAAUUUACUCACAUACUUUGGAAGAGCAAUAAUUCUGGAUGAAUUAACUCGGACAAGGAAUUCCCAGCUCCAGCAAUACCCAAACGACUGUGACACCUACGAGAUGUACUCAGUGGCAUAUUACGAAGAAGGAGAUUCGUAUGACACCUAUGACAGAAAUAUGCGGAACAGUCAUAUUGAAGUCUGUGCUGACAGCUUCAGCGCUGUUCCUCACAAAGGAAAGCACAUUGCUCUGAUCGAAAUAACAAACGACGAAACAACCAACCAACACCACAACGAAGUUGAGCAGCUUGAGAGUGUUGCACACAGAAUUCGCGCAGAUCUGACGCAUCGGCCAAGUUCCGGCCAAAAGAAUAUCCGAAUGGCUCCCAGUUGCAAUCCACGGUCCGUGAUACCACCACCACCUCCAGCUCCUAGUGGGGAGAUAACUGCCCAUCAGAGAAAGAAAAACGAGCUUAUCACCAAGUCCAAAGAUACAGAGAGGUCAAGUGGAAGGGAACGUGGUGGAGACUCCGAGCCUCGUGAGAAAGUGCAUGAGGAGAAAGCAUUGGGUGAAGAGUCAUCCGGUACCAGACACCGCUCAUCGCCUUCUUCUGAUAAGUCGGAAAGGAUUAUGGUGGUUAACAUGAGAAAAUCACUUCAAAAUGUGUCUGAACAUAUUGAAAAUGGUCGUGAACCUAAGCGCAUGACGGGCCCAAGAGGCAAGCCAUCGACGAAUCCGUUUGGAAGUGGGAUCCAGCAGAGAACGCAGCUUGAUAUCACUCCCCAUCAAAUUAAUAGUGUACAGCAAGUAGUGCGUAGAAUGAACAGCGGUGAUUGGCCGAUAAAAAUCGAUGACGAGGGAGUCAGGACCGACCCCAACCCCAAGCCCUGCAAAGCAGAUCGAAUGCAAGGGAGUCACCGCACUCAACCAGAAACAGCGCAUAACUGGGAAACUCUACCAAGAAAUAAGGCAGCAAAGGAAAUUGAACGAGCAAACAGCGCAGAACGGGUGCAUUUCGAGUCUCACAACAAAGGGAAGAAUUCGGGAAUGUCCUUGGAGAACAAAGAAAGGCAUUUGCAGAGAUUUAAAGACGAAAAGGACUAUCGUUCUGACAGUAGCGAACCUUGCGAACACACUACUGUAUCUACUGAUUCUGCCUUUGCCUCGGAGGAUUGCAGUUCGGCCCAACAGUUGGGAUUUUCACGGACCGCGCCCACAUACAUUCCUGCAAACGUAAAACAUAUGGAUACCGAGGCACGAUUGCUCCUGCUUUAUUUCAAGGGACACCGAGUGCUAUUGAACUAUCUCGGAAUUGGGUUAACGGAGAGCCUCUGGCAUCGCAUUUCUACUCUUCCUCUUUGUGAAGUGCAAAUCAGCAUUAUCGAGAGCGCAAGACCGCCCGUCAAAGUUACGAACGCUGAGCCGAAAAAUUCUGGAACCCCAAUACAAGGUCAUCGACGUUCAGCUCCCAGCAAGAAGGCUCGAAGAGGAGAUCGUCACGUUCCCGCACAGAGUCCCCGUCUUGUAGCACUGGAACGACAGCUCCGUACUGAUGUCUUGGAUAACGACUGGGGAGAUCGGCACCAAAGGUGUUCCAGUGACUGUGAGGUGGAAAGAAGAGAAAGUAAAAAAGUGGACUCCAGGUGGAGCGUUUUCAUGAAAGGUGGACGCUUCGUCAAAAAAUCUGCAGCAGCCUUGAUCGCUAAGAAACAGGGUUACGCACCCCAAAAUGGGCUCGAAGAAGCAAACUCAUCGGAAAUAGUUGAUCCUCGCAUAGCAAAUGAGAUCCGUGCACUUCGCGAGAGAGAAGAAGAACUACGUAAAAGCAGGACUGAGCUCGGUCUACCGACACUCGAUGAUAUAAUGUGCAAGUUCGACGAGGGAAGUUUUGCGUCACAUGGUGGGCUCCGCAGUGCACAUUCUUGCGAUCAUCUGCAUCAGCUGACGAACGGAAUGAUUUGCUCCUCUCAACCACAGGUGAAUCGCUCUGUUCGUUUUUCUACCAACCACAACAAUCAAGGAGAAAGCGACAAGAAGAACACAAAAACACAGCAAAAUUGGUAUUUCAACACAACGGAGGACGGAGGACAACAUCAGCGUGAGCGUAGCGAAAGAUAUGCUCCGCAUUCAAACCAGAUGGACCUUUAA